AUGAAUGCGUGUAACAUCCCGGCAUCCGCCCAACCGUCCAUGACCGACAACCGACAGGAUUCAGGAUAUAGCAGCACUCAAUUCCCCUCGCCCAAUGGCAAACUAAGAGAGCCUACAUGUACAGAAAUUACGCGCCAAGGGAAGAGCCAAUCUGUCCCGCCUGCCCCCACGCCCAUCGCCGGUUUCGCAGAGUUUGACAAGAGCGUCGACAACGCGACGAUCUCCCAGUUCCGUCAUGUGCACUCGCUGCUUGAGAAGCCGUUGCUGGAGUAUAUUCGCAGCACGAUUCGCAAGAAACAAUGUCCUGUUUCCAUACGACUGAUGGUCCUAGGCCGCUCCGAAGAUGAUGCGAAGCCGUGCAUUGUCGUCCUGUGUCCGGAGCAGCAAUCGAAAAAGGUCAGGAAGUUUUUCGACAAGAAAUCCGUCAGGGCUUUGCGCCUGCCAGAAGAUGAUCAGCCCUCAUUCGAAGUCUUUGUCGUCGGUCGAGAGCCGGAGACGAAACAAGCAGAAGGAGACAUUGAUGUCUUCGUUCCAAUCGUUGGCGAAAGCGAGAGUUAUACAAACGACACGUACUGCGGAGCGCCCAUACUUAUCCGACAGACUUCUUGUGUCGACAAAAGAUGCACUUUCGGUGGUGUCAUAAAGGCUUCUUGGUCGAACGGAGAGAUUAAACUAUACGGGCUGACCGUCGGCCAUAUCCUUCUGGACGACUUGGAGGAUGAUAUGACAGCCAGUACGGAGAGCGACCAAUCCAGGUGUUCCUAUGACUGGGUAUUCGAGCUUUCGGAUUCUGAGAGCGAGGUCGAGUGCCAUGAUUCGGCUGAAGAGGAGCAGGAUGAAGAUACCGAACCACUGUCUAUGACGGAUGAACUCCAGUUGGCUCUGCCGGACGCCGGUUCGUCAUGGGUGGCCGACGAGUUGAGCAAGAUAGGUUCCAUUUCGAAAGACUCGCCGCGAUAUCAAUCGGCAGUGGCCGACACACUAUAUGACGGACCAGAUGCUUACUACGACUGGGCUCUUAUCGAAAUGAUCAGCUACAAGCCGAACCUCAUUCGACCGAGGAGGAUGUCACACGAUGAGACUCAGGAGGGUGGAGUCUUCAACUUCCGAGAUCAUGAGCUCGUAAUGUCCGCCUCGCCGUCUGACGGCCAUGGCAAGAGACAGCCGGUCGUCCUUUUAAGCGGAUCAGAAGGGCUGAAACGGGGAUCUCUAUCGGCUCUGCCUUCGAGGCUCCUUCUUGGCCCUGGAAGAGAGUUUGUCGAUGCACUCAUCCUAGACCUUGACGGCAAUAAGCAAAUUCUUGAUGGAGAUUCAGGGUCAUGGGUGGUCAACGAGACAACCCUUGAGGUGUACGGCUACGUCGUUGCUGCCGACGCAUUUGGCGGAGGUUACCUUAUUCCAUUAGCAGAAGCAUUUCGCAACAUUGCAGACACCCUGAGAUGCCAAUCUGUUGAUCUGGCUACGACAAUUGAUAUGGCAAGCGCCAAACUUGGGCGUAUGUUCGACAUAAACGGCGAACCAACAGCCAUGAUGGCACCCAUCACUGCCGAUCAUUCUGUGAUGCCCAGCUCACACAUCAUGUCCUGCAUCUCUACUCCGACUACUAAUCUCUCUAUUACCUCCAAUAUCUCCCGUGCCUCUACCCCGGCUACUAAUUUCUCAAUUACUUCCAUGUAUGACGGCGCUCUAACUCUCACAAGUUCACCCGAAGACGACCCCUUUGCUCAGGAGAAACCGUUUGCCCAUCCCAAAAUCCGCUCAGAUUACAAUCUCGAGCCUCCUGGGAGGCCUGAUAUGGAAGAUUCUUACACGGAAGAGCUUCCUGAGUACGAGAGCUCCGACGGCGGUUCCAACAACACCUCCAGACCUGGAACCCCCACUGAGCACACUGAGGAUGAUACUGCCGUUUCUAGCAGGCCGUCACGCCAAGUUGACUACUUGUCUCAUGGCUGGAAGGAGGAGGACAUCUGGUCCUCCUGGAGAUACAUUGUAACUCGGCGCGCCGACUUUACUAAUAACGUGCGAUUGGAAAACGCUUCUUGGAGAGCGUGGAUGAAAGUGAAAAACAAUCUAAGGACCGUUUCGGCCAAAAGCAUUAAUUGGCUCAAGGAUAACGAUGUUACUUGGCUGUACGGUCCGUUGCAACUAGGGGUCAAGCCCAUUCACGGUACUCGCGCAGAGCGAUCAGGCAUCUCAUUGUCCAAGACGGACUCGCGGGUGACUCUCAGCAAGAAGCCGAUCCUCAAAAAGAGGAUGUUCAAGAUUACGCUUCAGAGGCCGUUGUCCACUGCCUCACUGUUAAAGCAGGCCGCAGCGACCAUCCAGGCCCAAGAGACACAAGGCAGCCUGCGACCCAAGAACAACAGGCACGGGGCCGUCGAUGACUUCUCCUACCCCUUCUCUCCAAGAAGCAUAAUUGGUGAAAACGGCGAUCUAAUAUCCCCAACAGAAUCUUCUAAAAUUGCAUCCCCUACUACUAAGCGGAGGCAGAUUCGUUUCAACGAACAAGUUGAGCAAUGCAUUGCUGUUGAUAUCAGCGCCGAUGACGACGAUGAGAUGGAGGCGUACCCAUGUUACGCCGGCGACAACAGCGACUCGGAUGAUGACAUUAUGUUAAAGCGGAUCAGGACCAAGAAACGAAUUGCCAAAUCAGAGUCGACGGAGGAUAAGACCAUUGCCAAACUUCCCUCAACGACCCUUAAGGACCGCAAGGAUACGAGACACCCACGCAGUCCACCCUUGUCUGCGUCACCUACAGAGACAAUGCUACCAUCAAAACCAUCUUCAGAGUUCUUCUUUGACGAGGAUGACGAUGAUGAGGCACGGAUGAUCCUUGGCUGGUCGUUUCCCCCUGCUGAAAGCAGCAGCAGUAGUAAACCCGUUAAGAUGCGCCGCACAUCUUCGGAGAUACUUAUAUCCUACGAAGCGGGCGAUUCAAACCCUGAGGAAGGCGUUUAUACAUGUAGUGGAGUUGUCGACAAGGUCAACACCACUCGUCGAAUUGGCCACGUCCACUGGAAGAGAGAGUGA